GUAGAGCUUCUGCUCUAUCUCAGAAUGACUGUGAAAAGGUAUGUUGGGUUUCAGAACGGGCACAUAUUUUAGCACCGGAUACUAAAAUUGUAUUUCUUAUGGAUGAUAUCUUAACAGAUCUUGUAUGGUAAGCAAGUUUUGAGCCUAGAGUUCUUGGAUUAGGGACUAGGAGAUUCCAGGUGCUGUGGGGCAUAGGAGACAACACCCUUCUCCAAGUCGGCAUUGAACUUGUACCCCACAUGGUAUUAGGAGAUGCUUUAACUAUUGGAAGGACUGUCAUAGAUUACACAUAAACCCUUGUGUACAUUAAGGGUCAGAUUUCCAGUUGAGAUUUCAGAUGCAUCUGCAAAAAGGCAUUUGUGCAUAGUCUUGUGAUUAAGGCAGUAGUGGAGUUUGGGAGAUAUGGAUUCAGUUUGUGGUUCCGUGACAGAAUUCCUGUGUUACCUUGACAAAAUAGUGAUUAUAAUACUUCCCUAUUAAAGAGUGUGGAGAGGAUGAAUUCGUUAAUGUUUGUGAGUUGCUCAGAUACUGAAAUAAGGGUACAGAGAUUGGGCCCAUAUGAGUAGUUAGAAGUCCAAUUUACACACACAUAUUUCAGGCACAAAAAUCACAGAUCAUGCCUGAAGUCAUCUAAAAGCUUGCCCCCAGGUAUCCCAUAGCAUAUUGCACAUUAUACAUGUUAAUCCUGCUAUUAUAUAUAUAAUAUAAUAUAUUAUAUUAAAUCCAACAAUUAUAUUCUCCCUGUCCAUAUAGAAGCAUAAGACUUAUCAUAUUGGAUCAGACUGUUUAUUCAUCAUAUCUUAUUCUGCCUCCUGUAGUGGCCAAUAGCUACAUUCUUAUAUUUUCAAAUAGUGAUAUUAUUCUUCAUCCUCCAUCCUAAAAACUGUGCAAUAGGUACUGUGUCCCAUUGCAAUGGCAGUUAAAUAUUAAGGGUAAGUGAAGUGACCCUUACAUAUCAAGUAUAUUCAGAGCUUUAUUUUUUUUCUGAAGAAACAUAUCUAUCAGGUUGCCAAUUUAAAUAUUACAUACAUGAAAGAAUUAUUAUUAGGUUAUGAAAUAUUAGUGAGUGCAAAGUUCGGUUUAGCUCAUGCACUACUGUGUACCAAAGUUUACUCCCCUAACCUCCCCAGAUCAUGUCAAUUGAACUUGAUAUUUGGAAGAAGUUAGUGACAGGGUUUUUUUUUUUUUGUCAGUUGAAGGGACUCCAGGUAUCUGAGUUCUGAGAGUACCUCACUCUACUGGCCACAGGCCAAGACUUGAGAUAGGAAGUAGACAGAACAGGAGACUCGUAAUAGCUAGGUCACUAUUCAAAAUUUGGUCUGGUCAAUAUCAAUUAAGUUGUAUCACGGUGUAAGAGUGUAUUUAGAUAUGCUCUGACUUCUUCUCCUUCUUAUAUUAAGUGAUAACACAAAGACAAUAAUGAAAAACUAACUCAUAAUGAAAUUAACUAAGUGGAAUUUUACUAUGUCAGUUCUUGGAAUUGUAAUUUAUGUAGCUGAUAUUGCAGCAGAUAUCUGGGUCACUAGUAACUAUUUCUGUGAGGGACAAUAUUCUUUGGGUAUCUUGACACUGGUUUUUAGGUGUCUGUCAUCAAUAAUAGUACAGAUUUUUAGUUAUGAAUGGUUUAAAGAAGACUGUGAAAGCCCUGAUCCUCGGAAGCUGAACUGGAUUUUUCUACUUCAUUUUUUGCAUGGUGGAAUUUUUACAAGGUAUUGGUUUGCAUUGAAAGGUGGCUACCAGGCUGCUUUUAAACAAAACAGCUCUGGAGAUGAACUUACUGGGGGCCCUGCCAGUAUCAUUCAUAAACGUGCCAUCGAUGCAUUGGCUGAUAUUAGUAUGCUCAGGGUAUUUAAGACUUUCCUGAAGACGACACCCCAGCUCAUUCUUCAGAUUUACAUCCUGAUGGAGCAUGACAAGGCUGCCUUCAGUCAGUAUGCUUCCAUCAUCACAUCUUUCUGCAGCAUUUCUUGGUCAACACUUGACUAUCAGAUAUCAUUACGAAAAUCUCUGCCUGAUAAAAAUCAAUUUGCUGGGGUGCCUCCUAAGUUACUGUACCUCUUGUAUAAACUGUUCACACUGACUUCUUGGAUACUGAGUAUUGCACUGGCCACCCUAUUAAAUAUCAUAAGUAGUAUAUUUCUGCUAAUAUUUCUUUGGACCUUGGGCUUCAGCUGGACUUUGAAGCAACACACUAUGUUUUGCAAAUCUAAGAGGAUGGAAUUUUUAUACAGGACUGUUGUUGGGAUCAUUCUUAUUUUUACAUUUUUUAAUGUCAAGGGGGAACAAACAAAAAUACAUAUUUCUAGUUAUUAUGCCACUCAUGUGCUUGUAACUUCAGGCAUAAUGUUUGUGUUCUGGAAGACUUCAGUUACUGAGCAAUUAUAUUUUACAUUUGUGAGCAUCACAGUUUUUCUCACUCUGGUGUUAGGUAUUAUUUGUCUUAUUGUUUAUUAUAUGUUUUUCCACCCCACUAUUUAUUUCAAACAAGAAAGUGCUUCAGAUAAAGUUGAUGGACUAGCAAGAGAAAGAGAAAAAGAAGAAACCAGUAGAAUAAGAAAUUUCAUAAUGCAAUGAAGAGUAUAGAAUUAUGUGAAUUUUUAAAUAUGUGCAAAUCAAAGCAAAUAUUACCUGGACUGUCACUUACUCUGUCUUUACUUUUCAUACUUGCAGUGAGCAUUUCAAGUAAAAUAAUUGCUAAUGGGAAUGGUAGUAGUUAUCAGCUCUGAAUAAUUAUUGGUUCUGCUGUACUACUCUACAAAGCAAAGACUUUAUAAAAUAAACUAAACACUUCUGCA